GAGAUUGCUCCCCGCACACAAAAGGACUUACAGUCCUAUAAAUACCAGACCUCCAACCCUCACUUGGCCCACCAAAGGCGACAUAAACACCAAGACAUCCUUAUUUUCUUGUGCACCAGAUGGAUUCGAACCCAAAAUAAUAUAACUUUAGCUCUUUCAUCAAGAUCAACCCAAAAGAUCUCUCCUGGAACAAUUGGCACCAAUCAUGGGGCAUUGUUGAGGAAGCAACUCCGGUUACUGCUAUAUUCUUUAUAAAUGAAUUAUUUGAAUAGUAUUAGUUUUAGUUUAAUUUAUUAAUUAAAUACUUAUAUAUGUAUUUAUAUUAUGAAAAGAGGACACAAUUAGUUUUGAAUCCUAGUUCUGCCGCUGCUUCCAUAACACC